CGGGUCCGUUUACAAGCCUUGGACUCCAACGUGCCGGAGACUGGAGUAGACGGGUUUCAAGACUACCCUUGCGGAGCGCAGGGGUGGCUCAGCGGGGCGGACCGGAGCAAGGAAUCGGCGCUAACGUGGUCGGCGGAUCGAGCGCUUCUCCGCGGUGCUUGGGCAUGUUUGGGUGUCAGGGAGCUGGAAGCGCAUCUCAUUGACCAGCAAGUCGGGCGCGCGCUGCUUCGGCCAAACUCCAGCUCUUGACUGCGAUCCCACAAGAUCCAGUCAAGUCUUGUCAGUUUUGCAUGAUUCAUUCAUGUGGUUGUAAUCCAAACGGACUGAAAUGAAGAUCAGGUUCUCUGCAGCAGCAAUUGCUGCUCUGUGCACAGCUUUUCUCCUCUGUUCGAUAGAGGCUGAAGUUAAUCCACCUUCAGAUCUGAGUUUUAAAAUUAUAGAUGAACGUACCGUUCAAAUGUCAUGGAAGAGGCCACCUGAUGCAAUAGAAGGUUACAGGAUAACUGUGACACCUGCUACAACUGAUGGACCUACUAGAGAAUUUACCCUAGCUCCUAGCACUACCCAAACUAUAUUAAGAGAUCUCCUGCCUGAUACUGAAUAUCUUGUUACAAUAAGUUCAUAUGAUGAUACAGAAGAGAGUUUAUCUAUCUCUGGUCAACUUACAAUUCAAACAGGUGCUUUAAUAACGACAGGGGAAAAGAAGCUUGAUGAGGUUCAGUUACAAAAAUGUUCCCUCAGUGCUGUUACAGAUCUAGUUUUUCUUGUGGAUGGUUCAUGGAGCGUGGGGAGAAAUAACUUCAAAUAUAUACUGGACUUCAUUGUUACCCUUGUAUCGGCUUUUGAUAUUGGAGAAGACAAGACAAGAGUUGGAAUUGUUCAGUACAGUUCGGAUACGAGGACUGAAUUCAACUUAAAUCAGUAUUUCAAAAAAAGAGAUCUCCUUGAAGCAAUCAAAGGAAUACCAUACAAAGGAGGCAAUACAAUGACAGGUGAAGCUAUUGAUUACCUGAUUAGGAAUACAUUCACUGAGUCUGCUGGAGCAAGGAAAGGCUUUCCCAAAGUGGCAGUUGUCAUUACGGAUGGGAAGUCUCAAGAUGAAGUGGAAAUUCCUGCAAGAGAACUUCGAAGUAUAGGAGCUGAAAUAUUUUCUUUGGGAAUCAAAGCUGCAGACGCCAGGGAACUGAAGUUAAUUGCAUCUCAACCCUCACUGACACAUGUUUUUAAUGUGGCUAACUUUGAUGGCAUUGUGGAUGUACAGAAUGAAAUAAUCUCACAAGUAUGCUCUGGCGUUGAUGAACAAUUGGGUGAACUAGUUAGUGGUGAAGAAGCUGUUGAACCUCCAUCAAACCUUGUGGCUACACAAGUCUCAUCAAGAUCUAUUCGAAUCACUUGGUAUCCAUCUCCUAGUGAAAUAACUGGCUACAAGGUGGAGUUCAUUCCAAUGAUAGCUGGUGCCAAACAGCAUUCAUUGAGUGUAGGACCCCAAACAACAGCUUUUAAUGUUAAAGACCUUUCUUCUGAAACAGAAUACCAAAUCCAUCUGUAUGCAAUGAAGGGACUGACUGCCAGUGAACCAGUGACUAUAAUGGAAAAAACACAGCCAGUAAAAGUUCAAGUGGAAUGUUCACGUGGUGUGGAUGUAAAAGCUGACAUAGUUCUUUUGGUUGAUGGCUCCUACAGCAUUGGCAUUGCCAAUUUUGUUAAAGUAAGAGCGUUUUUGGAAGUGUUAGUGAAAAGUUUUGAGAUCUCGCCUGAAAAAGUCCAAAUCAGCCUUGUCCAAUAUAGCAGGGACCCUUAUACGGAAUUCGCAUUGAACAAAUUCAACAGAAUUGAAGAUAUAAUCCACGCUAUUAACACGUUUCCCUAUAGAGGUGGAUCUACAAAUACUGGCAAAGCGAUGACUUACGUGAGGGAGAAAGUUUUUGUUACCAGCAGAGGUGCAAGGCCAAAUGUCCCAAGGGUCAUGAUCCUCAUUACUGAUGGGAAAUCAUCAGAUGCCUUUAAAGAUCCUGCAGUAAAGCUGAGGAAAUCAGACGUAGAAAUAUUUGCUGUUGGUGUUAAGGAUGCAGUUCGGUCAGAGUUGGAAGCAAUUGCUACACCUCCUGCAGAAACUCAUGUGUACGAAGUAGAGGAUUUUGAUGCUUUUCAAAGAAUCUCUCUUCAACUGACACAGUCUGUCUGCUUAAGAAUUGAACAGGAACUUCGAGAAAUUAAGAAGAAAUCUUACUUGCCUGCAAGGAAUCUGGAGUUUUCAGAGGUUACCUCUAACAGUUUCAAAGUCAACUGGUCUCCAGCAGGAGCUGGUGUUUUGUCCUACCUUGUUAAGUAUAAAGUAGCUAUUGGUGAAGAGGAAUUCUUUGUUUCUGUACCAGCUCCAGUUACUACUACAGUACUUACUAAUUUACUCCCCAAAACCACAUACACUGUCAGUGUUAUUGCAGAAUAUGAAGAUGGAGAUGGUCCUUCCUUGGAUGGGGAAGAAACAACUUUAGAAGUUCGGGGAUCGCCACGAAAUUUGAGAGUGACAGAUGAAACAACAGACAGUUUUAAGGUUGGAUGGACACAAGCUCCAGGGAAUGUUCUCAGGUACAGACUAGCUUAUAGACCUGUUACUGGUGGAGAAAGAAAACAAGUAACUGUCUCUGCGAAGGAAAGAGCAACUACGCUACAGAAUCUGCAGCCAGAUACAAGAUAUGAAGUCUCUGUUACUGCUGAGUACCAAUCUGGUCCUGGAAAUCCACUUAAUGGAUAUGGAAAAACUGAAGAAGUUCUAGGAAGACCAAGAAACUUGAAAGUUUCUGAUCCUACAAUAUCCUCAAUGAAAUUAUCUUGGAGUUCAGCACCUGGCAAAGUACAGCGGUAUCUUGUAACAUAUACUCCAGUGGCAGGAGGUGAAACUCAAGAGGUAACCCUAAGGGGAGACACCACCACCACAGUACUCAGGGGCUUGGAACCUGGAACCAGAUAUGCCUUGACUGUGACUGCCUUAUAUGCUUCUGGAGCAGGAGAUGCUCUUUCGGGACAAGGAGACACUCUUGAAGAGCGUGGCUCUCCUCGUGACUUAGUUACUAAAGACAUCACUGAUACUACUAUUGGAGUAUCUUGGACAGCAGCACCUGGAGCAGUUCAGUAUUACAGAAUUGUAUGGAAAUCACUUUAUGACGAUACGUCUGGAGAAAAAACAGUUCCUGGAAAAGUUAUAAAUACUGUCUUGGAAAACUUACGGCCUGAGACUAAGUAUAAGAUUUCAGUCCUGGCUUCAUAUAGAAGUGGAGAAGGAGCUCCUCUAGAGGGAGAAGCAACAACUGAAGUGUCACCAAGUUCUAGAGUUGUGAGAGUGGAUCAAGAGACAGAGACUACAAUGAGAGUUACUUGGAAUCCUGCACCUGGAAAGGUUGUCAGCUAUCGUGUUGUUUACCGUCCCCGGAGGGGAGGAAGACAGCUGUUCACUAAAGUACCACCUACCUCUACCACUACAACACUGAAACGACUGCAGCCACUGACAACUUAUGACAUUACUGUCAUUCCAAUGUACAAAAUUGGGGAAGGAAGCCACAGGCAAGGAGAAGGAACAACAGCUUCCCCUUUUAAACCUCCCAGAAAUCUGAAGACAUCUGAUUCUACAAUGUCAAGCUUUCGAGUUACCUGGGAGCCAGCCCCUGGGGAAGUACAGGGGUACAAAGUAACUUUCCAUCCUACUGGAGACAACAGACAACUUGGAGAAUUAGUAGUUGGGCCAUAUGACAACACAGUAGUAUUGGAGGAGCUCAGGGCAGGCACUACCUAUAAAGUAAAUGUUUUUGGAGUAUUUGAUGGAGGUGAAAGUAUGCCAUUGAUUGGACAAGAAAUGACUACCCUUUCAGAUGCUACAGUAACUCCAUUUGUAUCUGGAGGUCUGGAAUGUAUAACCAGGGCAGAAGCAGAUAUUGUGUUGCUGGUGGAUGGCUCAUGGAGUAUUGGUCGACCAAAUUUUCGAACAGUCCGUACCUUCAUUAGGCAUAUUGUUGAAGUAUUUGAUAUUGGUCCUGACAAAGUGCAGAUUGCUCUUGCGCAAUAUAGUGGUGAUCCAAGAACAGAGUGGCAACUCAAUACACAUAGAACCAAACAGAGUUUAUUGGAUGCCGUGGCCAACUUACCAUAUAAAGGAGGCAACACUUUAACAGGAAUGGCCUUGAGGUUUAUUUCAUCAAACAACUUCAAAGCAGAAGUUGGCAUGAGGCCUGGAGCUCGCAAAAUAGGUGUUCUCAUCACUGAUGGCAAAUCACAGGAUGAUAUAGUUGGUCCAUCACAGAGUCUGAGGGAUCAGGGAGUGGAGCUUUAUGCUGUCGGUAUUAAAAAUGCUGAUGAAAGUGAACUGAAAGAGAUUGCUUCAGACCCAGAUGAGACUCAUGCUUACAACGUUGCAGAUUUCACCUUGCUUACUACUAUUGUUGAUGACCUCACUAUUAAUUUGUGCAAUAGUGUGAAAGGUCCAGGGGAUUUAUCACCACCACCCACCAAUCUUGUUACUUCUGAGGUAACAGCUCGCUCCUUUAGAGUGUCUUGGACGGCCCCUGCCGAAAGUGUUGACAGAUACAGAAUUGAAUAUUAUCGUGCUGCUGGGGGCCCUACAAAGCAGUUCUAUGUAAACCGUAUGGAAACUACUACAGUUCUUACUGACCUUACACCUGAAACAGAAUAUGUUGUGAAUGUAUUUUCUGUGGUAGAAGACCAAAGCAGUGAACCUCUAAAAGGCACUGAAACAACCUUGGCAAUUCCUUCAGUUAGAAACCUGAAUGCUUAUGACAUCACUUCAACCACAAUGCGAGUACGAUGGGAACCUCUUGGCGGAGCUACUGGCUACUUGUUGUUAUAUGAUGCUGUCAAUGCUACAGUACCAACAACAGAAAAAGAGAUGCGUGUUGGAGCAUCAGUGAAUGAUGUGCAGCUGGUUGACUUGAUUCCCAACACUGAGUACACUUUAACAAUUCAUGGGACAUUUGGUGAUCUCACCAGUGACCCACUCACCACUCAAGAAGUAACAUUACCACUAAGUGGAGCAAAAAGCCUAAGGGCCAGAGACAUUACUCACAGCAGCAUGAGAGUCUACUGGGAAGCUGCUCCAGGGAAAGUUCGGAAAUAUAUAGUGAGAUACAAAGCUGGUGAAGAUGAUGAUGUGAAAGAGGUGGAAGUGGAUGCCUCUCAGACCAGCACAGUUCUCUCCGAUCUUUUCUCACGAACACUCUAUCAAAUAGAGCUUGUUGCUUCAUAUGAUGAAGGGCUGUCUGCUCCGAUAGCUACUGAAGCCACCACUUUGUCUGUACCAGCCCCAGUCAACCUGAGACUUGAUCAAAUAACCAAGACUAGUUUCAGAGGCACUUGGGAUCAUGGCGCACCCGAUGUAGCUCUUUAUAGAGUAACAUGGGGACUAUAUGGCAAAAAAGAAAAACUGGAGACAAUUCUAAAUGGUGAUGAAAAUACUAUGAUUUUUGAAAACCUGACCCCAGACACACUGUAUGACGUUGCAGUUACUGCUAUCUAUCCUGAUGAAUCAGAAAGUGAUGAUCUGAUUGGCAGUGAACGCACAUUACCUGCUGUGCGUGUAACACCGUCACCAGCACCAAGUGGCCCACGGAACCUUCAGGUGUACAAUGCAACGUCCAGUAGCUUAACGGUCAAAUGGGAUCCUGCCAGUGGACGAGUGCAGCGGUACAAAAUCACUUAUCGACCUACAGCUGGGGAUGGGGCUGAACAAUCGACCACAGUAGGAGGGAGACAGAAUAGUGUUGUACUCCAGAAACUGCGAGCAGAUACGCCUUACUCUGUUACAGUUUCAUCCGUAUAUGCGAAUGGUGAAGGAGGACAGAUGACAGGCAGGGGCAAAACCAAACCUCUCAGCACAGUAAAGAACCUCCGAGUCUAUGAUCCAACCACCAGCACACUGAAUGUUCGAUGGGAUCAUGCAGAAGGGAAUCCUCGUCAGUACAAGUUGUUCUACGUACCUACAACAGGAGGUGCAGAGAUGCUGGCAACAGUCCCAGGGAACACAAAUUAUGCAGUCAUUAGAAAUCUGCAGCCUGACACACAAUACAAAGUGACUGUUGUUCCCGAUUACCGGGAAGGUGAGGGAGGACGUAUGUCUGAUACUGGAAAAACAUUGGUAAGAGGAACACCAAGAGGCAUCCAAGUUUACAACCCAACAACCAACAGCCUUAGCGUCCAGUGGGAACCUGCACCAGGGGCAGUACAACAAUACAGAGUUGUGUAUGCUCCCUUAGUUGGCACAAGGCCAUCAGAAUCUGUUGUGGUACCUGGCAACACCCGCAAUGUUUUACUAGAGCGUCUUAUUCCUGAUACUCCUUAUUCUGUAAAUGUUGUUGCUCUGUAUGCUGAUGGAGAAGGAAAUCCAAGUGCUGGACAAGGAAAGACAUUGCCUCGCAGUGGGCCCAGGAACAUGAGAGUCUUUGAUCCUACUACAAACAGCCUUUCCGUUCAGUGGGAACAUGCUGAUGGGCCUGUACGCCAAUACAGAAUCAUAUAUUCUCCCACAGUUGGAGACCCCAUAGAUGAAUUUACUACAGUACCUGGCAGGAGAAACAAUGUAAUGCUACAUCCUUUGCAUUCAGAUACACCCUAUAAAAUUACAGUUGUGGCAGUUUAUGAGGAUGGAGAUGGUGGACAAUUGACAGGAAAUGGAAAAACAGUUGGCCUGCUUGCUCCUCAGAACAUUCGGAUUUCAGAUGAAUGGUAUACACGAUUCAGAGUUGCCUGGGACCCUGCACCAUCACCUGUUCUUGGGUACAAAAUUGUAUAUAAACCUGUAGGAACUGAUGAACCCAUGGAAGUGUUUGUUGGAGACGUGACUUCAUAUACAUUGCACAACCUCUCUCCUAGUACUUCUUACGAUGUAAAUGUUUAUGCUCAGUAUGAUUCUGGACUCAGUUCACCACUGAUAGAUCAAGGAACUACAUUGUACUUAAAUGUGUCUGAUCUAACAAGUUACAAUGUGGGAUGGGACACUUUUUGCAUCAAAUGGGCAGCUCAUCGAUCAGCUACUUCAUAUAGACUGAAGCUCAAUCCACUUGAUGGCUCUAGGGGACAAGAAAUUACAGUGCGCGGAACAGAAACUAGCAACUGUUUUACUGGCCUUUCAGCAGACACUGAAUACAAUGCUACAGUCUUUGUUCAGACUCCAAAUCUUGAGGGGCCUCCAGUGACUGUGAAGGAGCGAACAUUGAUCAAGCCAACAGAUGCCCCAACUGAACCACCAACUCCUCCUCCACCUCCAACAAUUCCACCUGCUCGAGAUGUAUGCAAGGGUGCCAAAGCUGAUAUAGUGUUCUUAACUGAUGCUUCCUGGAGCAUUGGAGACGACAAUUUCCAUAAAGUACUGAAAUUUGUUUUCAACACGGUUGGAGCCUUUGACCUAAUCAACCCAGCUGGAAUUCAGGUUUCCUUUGCACAAUACAGUGAUAGUGCACAGUCAGAGUUUCAUUUGAAUACAUAUGAUGAUAAAGCACAGGCAUUGGGGGCACUUCAAAACAUUCGAUACAAAGGAGGGAAUACAAGAACAGGCGAAGCACUUACAUUUAUCAAAGAUAAGGUCUUGACAUGGGAAAGUGGAAUGAGGAGAGGUGUUCCCAAGGUACUUGUUGUGGUAACAGAUGGUCGAUCCCAGGAUGAAGUGAGGAAAGCAGCAACUGUCAUACAACAAUCUGGUUUCAGUGUCUUUGUUAUUGGUGUGGCUGAUGUUGAUUACCAUGAACUAGCAAAAAUUGCCAGCAAACCCAGCGAACGUCAUGUCUUCAUUGUUGAUGACUUCGAUGCUUUUGCAAAAAUUGAGGAUAACCUCAUCACUUUUGUUUGUGAGACAGCUACUUCAACUUGCCCUCUCAUGUACUUGGAUGGAUAUACUUCUCCAGGUUUCAAGAUGUUGGAAUCUUACAACUUAACAGAGAAGUACUUUGCCUCUGUACCAGGAGUUUCCUUGCAGUCAGGCUCCUUCCCCAGCUAUGUGGCCUACAAACUUCAUAAAAAUGCCUUUGUCAGCCAGCCCACAUCGGAAAUUCAUCCAGACGGAUUGCCAAAGGCUUACACGAUCAUAUUUUUAUUCCGCCUUCUUCCGGAAACCCCCAAUGAGCCAUUUGCCAUUUGGCAGAUAACAGACAGAGAUUACAAACCCCAAGUUGGAAUUGUUCUUGAUCCCUCCAGCAAAGUAUUAUCAUUCUUCAACAAGGACACAAGAGGAGAGCUUCAGACUGUAGCAUUUGAUGAUGAUGAUGUAAAGAAAGUCUUUUAUGGAAGUUUCCACAAGAUUCAUAUUGUUGUAACAUCUACGAGUGCAAAGAUCUACGUUGACUGUGUUGAAAUCAUGGAAAAACCAAUUAAGGAGUCUGGAAAUAUCACCACUGAUGGCUAUGAAAUACUUGGUAAACUGCAGAAAGGAGACAGGAAAACAGCAACAUUUGAAAUCCAGAGCUUUGACAUUGUGUGCAAUGUGGUUUGGACUAGCAGAGAUAGAUGCUGUGAUAUUCCUUCCAGGAGGGAUGAAGCAAAAUGCCCAGCAUUGCCAAAUGCUUGCACAUGCAUGCAAGACAGCGUGGGACCCCCAGGACCCCCAGGACCUGCUGGAGGCCCAGGUUCUAAGGGCCCAAGAGGAGAAAGUGGUGCAAUAGGACCUCCUGGGCCAAUGGGAUCUCAUGGAGAUACAGGCCCUCCUGGCCCUCAAGGGCCACCAGGUCCACAAGGGCCAAAUGGACUUUCCCUUCCAGGAGAACCUGGCCGUCAAGGGAUAAAAGGUGAUGCUGGAGAGCCAGGGCUACCAGGCCGAUCAGGAUCUCCAGGAUUAUCUGGGCCCCCUGGCCCAAUGGGACCCCCAGGUGACAGGGGCUUCACUGGAAAAGAUGGUCCAGCAGGACCAAGAGGUCCCCCUGGACCAACAGGUGCCCCAGGAGUGCCUGGAGUAGCUGGCCCAACUGGAAAACCAGGGAAACCCGGAGAUCGUGGAUCACCAGGCCCAGCUGGAUUGAAGGGUGAAAAAGGUGACCGAGGAGACAUUGCUUCUCAGAAUUUGAUGCGAGCUGUUGCAAGGCAAGUCUGCGAACAACUGAUAAACGGUCAAAUGACCAGAUUUAACCAAAUGUUAAACCAAAUCCCCAACGAUUACUAUUCGAACCGCAACCAGCCUGGACCUCCAGGAGUGCCAGGCCCACCUGGACCUGCUGGGGGGGUCGGAGAACCUGGAGCUGCAGGCAGACCAGGAUUUCCAGGUGCACCUGGGCUUCAGGGACCACCUGGAGAGAGAGGACUGCCUGGAGAAAAAGGCGAAAGAGGGCUUGGCUCUCCAGGACCAAGAGGUUUGCCUGGGUCACCAGGUCCACAAGGGGAAUCCAGAAGUGGCCCACCAGGUGCUACAGGCUCUCGGGGAUCACCUGGGCCCCCUGGCCGUCCUGGGAAUGCAGGCAUUAGAGGUCCCCCAGGCCCACCGGGAUACUGUGAUUCAUCACAGUGUGCUAGCAUUGCUUACAAUGGUCAAGGAUAUCCAGGUUGACAACUCCACCUAAAGUAAAAAGAAUGCAAAUCUUUGCCAUUUCCACGCAUGACUUCCUGAUUAAUGUGGGGACUAUCUAUAGAAAAUUAGUAGCUGAAAUUUAAUUUUCCAGAUCCAAAUGCCAUUGUGUGAUACAGUGCAGACAACUGAAAAGAGUCACUAUCUCCCAAUUUUUUCUGUUAAAUUCCAUAGAAUCUGUGAUAUAAAUGAUACAAAUUUCUUCUGAGAAGAAAAAGUUUCUGAAAACAGGCCACCUCAAGAACAAAAUGCUGGGAAAGUCAUCUAAAAUAGUGUGAGCCAUAAAUCUGCAGGCCCUUUUAAGAAAGAUAUUGAGGCCUACAGUAUUGUCAAUUAGUUUGUGUGCACUGUAGCACCUUAUAAUCCAUAAACAUGAUAUUGCUGUUGGAUAUGUUGUUUGCCACUGUUGUUAUGUGCAUGUAUACGUUAAUAUAUUUAUAUAUGUACACACAAAUUCAUCAAUAUAAGGUGGGGAGGUGGAGAACAAAUUGAGUGGAACAAAACUGUCACCUAGACUUUGCACAACAAUCUGAAUUUAAAAAUCAAUGGAAAAAGUGCUUUAGUGUGACGUUCCAGUGGGUAGCCUGGUAUACAUAUAUAGAUAUAUACAUAUGACUUAACCCUCGUAGGUGAACUUAAAACAACUUAAAAUAUAUUUUUGCACAUCUGUUUGUUCUUGAAAACUAACAUCAUCUUUGACCUGUUUCAGGUUCCGGCUAACACAUUUUCUAAGUCGCCCGUGCUGCUUACAGUUUGAAUACAAUGAAAAUCCUGUUUCUGAGAUGUAUGCGCACAUGCUUAUUAGAAAAUGAGUCUGUAUGGAUAUUUCACCUUAAGUAAUGGUUAACUGAACUGUGCUAGCCUCAUAAGAUGGGGGGAUUCUUUACAUACAUACAUAUAUAUACAUACUAACAAAGCUCCUUGAAUGUAAUGAAAUACCAAAAUGCCAAGCAUUUCAUAAAGCAGAGGAAAAGAAACCCAAACUUCUGUCUUUACCCUUUCUUUUAACCCCUUAUCAAAAGAAAAAAAAUCCUCUAGAAAUGGCAAUGGAAUGGCAAUGGAGUCUUAUAAAACUACUAACUAGUGGAUGUAACAACUUGACACAUUUAACAUGGGGGGAGAAAAUUGACUCUAUGUAAAUAGUAAACUAAUGUAGCUUGUAAAUGAUUUGUAUGGGAUCAUGUCCACUAAAAUCUGUUAACAUCAUUACAUCAUGCUUUUGCAUUAAAGCCUGCUGCUGCUGACUGUGUGCCAUAACCUCUUUGGAAGUGUUUUGAAAUCUUUCUGUCUGUUGUUUGUGUUCUCAUCAUCCUCAUCAUUCUCACCAUUGUCCUAUCUGAUUCAAGUCAUAGAGCUUCUUGUUUGUGUCAUCUUGUUGCAAAUACUCUCCUCCCCACAAGAAAAAACAACCUUAACUUUGCUUCUGGUUUUCCUGCAGUUUUUGAUGCUCCUCCAGUUCCAGCUGUAGUUCAGUCUGCUAUAAGGAUCACAAUCAGAAAGUAAUAUUUACUAAAUAUUACCCAUUGUGGUAGCUCCACAUAUGCCCUAGUAUUCCGUUAUUUAAACACAGUUAUGUAUACUGUGCUUUAAUGCAUCCCUCUUGCCCAAAACAUUUAAUUAACUUUCCAUUAAAUGAAAAGGAAUAAAUAAAAUGUACCUUGAGGCUACAAUCUAUGUUUCUUUGAAUUUAGUAGAAGAGAUUACUUGUGUCUAUCAAGCCCUAUUACUUCCUCAUAACUAACUUAGUGAGGCCUAAAUGCUUUCCACAAUGGUACCGUCAUGACCUUCAUGAUUAUUGCAUUAUAUUAUUUAUUUGAAACCCUGUAAAUGAGUUUUCCCUUUUUUAUAACUGUGUCUCACCCCACUCCCUUCGAAAUGUACUGAGGAAAUAUUUUUAAAGGUUAAUAAUGAUAGGUGCAUUUUGCAAAAUAAAUAGUACAGUCUAGACUAAUCCUAGGAGUAAGUGUAUUUGAACAACAGACCUUAUUCCUGAGUAAAUAUAGCUAUAGAGUCAGAGUCCAGUUCAGUACAUUUCCCCAUUCCCUGUGCUCCCUUAAAGAGCAGUCAGAAUUUCUAUGCACGAUUUCCUCUUUCACAUCAAUAGAAAGGGAUGCUGCAUGUAUUCUUCAUUUGUCUGAGAUGGUGUCUGAGAUGAUUUACUUGAAAACAAAGUUACUUUAAUUGAAUUUCCUUCCAAAUGUAUGAAUUCAGGAUCAAAUCCAUAAAAAUUCUCUAUCCAUCCCACCAUUACUU